AUGAGGACAGAUUUACCAGAGAUGACGGAUGUGGAGUCCGUGGGCCGCAGCUUCGCAUCUUCAGCUAGGGCAGGCCGCCGCAACGCCUUACCCGACAUCCAGAGCGCCGCUGCGGUGGCCGGGACCUCGGAUUUGCCGCUCAAGCUGGAGGCGCUGUCGGUGAAGGAAGAUGUAAAAGAGAACAAUGAAGAGACAACACAAGACGAACUGAAAAGCCCCCCAAAUGAAGAAAAAUGAAGGCUUGCAAUUAAUCAAUAGUGCUAAACGUGUGCACAUCAAAAGACUUAGUGUUGUGUUUUCCUGAUACAUCUGGCCUGGUGGUAACUGUGGUCUUGUGUGUGCAUUAGAUCGUCUUGCUGUGAUGUUCUCCCCUUAGGCUGCAACCAUGAUGUCCAUCAUAGGCUACUCAAGUGUAGUGUACUUCAAAUUGCACCCAGGGAAAAGAUAAAAUAAUUGAUAGUCACUUAAAGACAUGUUGUUCAUACACCAACAAAGCCACUGUCUUCUUUGGAGAUUAUUUAGCCAGACAUAUGUUUAAUUUUAUUUUUUUAAUGGUGAUUGGAAAAUUUUCUUGAUAAGUAUAGGCCAAAUACUAUUAAUUUAAAAAUUUGCAGUAUUUAGAGGAAAUUACUUUUUUAUGUGAGAAUAGGCAUAUGUCACAUGAAUAAAAUGUAUUUAUUUUAAAUAAAAAUUAUA